AUGGUUCAAGGUAUUAUGGAUAUAGCUGCGAUGUGCGUUGGCCUGGUCGGGCUGAUCGGGGCAGCGGCUACAACAGGAAUGCCCAUGUGGAAGGUGACAGCUUUCAUCGGAGAAAACAUCAUUGUAAUGGAAACACGCUGGGAGGGCUUGUGGAUGAACUGCUACAGACAGGCCAACAUAAGGAUGCAGUGUAAGGUGUAUGACUCCCUGCUGUUUCUGCCACCAGAGCUACAGGCAGCCAGGGGUCUGAUGUGCUGUUCUUUGGCCUUGUCAGGACUUGGGCUCCUUUUGGGUCUGGGUGGAAUGCGAUGCAUUUCCUGUUUUCAGGGUAAUGAUCGGGCUAAGACCAUAAUCCUGAUGAUCGCAGGUGCCAUGCAGUUUAUGGCCUGCAUCUGUGUCUUCAUUCCUGUAUCGUGGACAGGUCACGUUAUCAUCAGGGACUUCUACAACCCUUUGCUGAUUGAUGCUCAGAGGAGGGAGCUGGGAGAGGCCCUCUACAUCGGUUGGGUGACUGGUGCCUUUCUUUUUGCCUCGGCCAUGUUGUUCGUCUGCCGCCGUAUGCCCUCAGACAAACAAUCAUUUGAAAUGUACUACCCGCCCAACUUUGUUGAUCACAGGCCACUACCAAGCAGGCCAGCUCUGAUGAGUUAUCAUCCUAUCUCGAGUGUUUCCAGCCUCAGAUCGAAUGCAUACCAGUACCAGCCUCCUCUGCAGAACAACAGCCCCGUUGGACAACAAAUAGCAACUCCACUGCAAAACAUCUCUCAAGUAAUGACAAACAACGGAGCACCAUUCAACCCUCCUGUUGUCUACAACCUGAGUCUACCUGAAAAUGCAUCGUUUCAUCAAGGAAGCAUAGCUCACCAUUCGUCUAUGAGGAGUUCUAACCUGUAUACACCAGGAACCUCCAUCUACAAAGGCCAAAACAUCACAAGACAUUCAUCAACUUACACAGGCGAUCCUACUAUGUCCUACCAGUCCAGUUUUCAUCCAGUUCCACACAGGCCUGUUUUCAUAGGAUAUAGCGAAUCAAGAUUUGAACCGCAGUUUCAUGGUGGGGGCAGGUCUAGUGUACACAUAUAA